AUGGGCGUCCUCGGGGAGCUCAACAACACGCCCGCGGGCAAGGGACCCAAGGCGAAGACGCCGCUCAAGUCCAAGAGCCCGGGGCCGAUCGGGACGAUGUCCCCGAACAACGACGCGCUCGAGAAGCGCCGCGCGAAGCUCGCGAAGCAGCAGUCGGAGGCGACGCGAAGGCGCGCGCCGCGUCUCGUCUUUUCGCUCCUCGCGCGUUUCGCUCCCUCUCCGCAGGGCGACAAAGGCUUCGCGGACGCGCUCGACGACGUCGACGACGCCGCGCCGAAGAAGAGCGGGCUGUCGAGAUCGACCGCAGGCUCCGCGGACGGCGCCCAGACGAAUGCGACGACAAAACGCGCGCCGACGCUCAACGCGUCGGACGUGUUAAACCUCUACAGCAACUGCAUCAAGCUCGCGUCGGAGAACAAGAUCAACGCGAAGAACACGUGGUCGCUCGCGCUGAUCGACCACAUCUCCGAAAUCGUCCGCGACAGCAAGGACGAGGACGGCCAGACCAACUUUCAAAAGAGCUCGUGCACGCUCGACGCCGGCGUGAAGAUUUACGCGUCGCGCGUCGACUCGUUCCACAACGAGACGUUCAAGAUGCUCGGCGGGAUGAACAAGGUGACGCAGAGCGAGGAGUGCGAAGACGAGGACGGCGCCGGGGCGAAGGGCGACGGCGCGGAUGGCUCCGACGCGAUGGACGACGGCGCGGACGGCGGCAAGCCGAAGAGGCGAUCCGCGAGGGCGGUGGCGACGCUCGAGCAGCCCGACGCGCACACGGUGAAGGAAGUCGCGACCGCGACCGUGGACCCGCUGUUCCAGAAGACCUCUGCGCUGUUCGACGAGGGCGGCGCGAGCGGGUUGCUCCUGUGCAAUCUGUCCGUGCAUCGCGGGUGUAACAUCUGCUUCGACUCGGAGGAGGUGCCGUGCUACGAAGACGUCGGCUGCGACGACGACGAACGCGCGCUCGACGGCGUCUUCGUCGACCUCAGCUCGAUGCGACCGGCGAUCGACGCCGCGAGGAAGGUGGCGUCCACGACGAACCGUAUCACGCCGUCUAUCGCCGUGAUCGAGGAGACGCUCGCGGAGCUCGUGGGCGGCGUCGCGCCGUCCGCGGCGGCGGCGGCGGCGGCGGCGGCGGUGGAUCCAAACUCGAGCGCGCCGGUGUCGCUCUUUGACUUUUCCUCCGGCGAGGGCUUGCAGUUCGCGGAGUACGACGACGACGACGACGACGACGACGACGACGAGACCGGGUACGAUAACGCGGACGCGAACGAGUUUGGCGGCGGGUUCGACGACGACGCUCCGUUCGGGAUGGGAGAAAACUGGAACGACGACCACGGCGGCGGCGGCGGCGGCGGCGGCGGCGGCGCGGCGAACGACUCGGACGCGUUGGACGAGGAAGGCGGCGCCGGGCUCGAGUGGGUCGUCAACUCUGGCGUCGGCGGGAAGAUGGCAUGGGCGGGGCCGAGCCACUGGCGGUUCAAGGCGCCGUCGAAGCCGUCCACCUCCAACGGCGACGGCGGGACGUCCGGAGAGAAGUCCGCGGACGGCGAGGACGGCGACGGCAAACCGAAGAAGAAGAAGGGCGAGCUGACGUACGAUUUCGAAAACCUCGAAGAGCCGGACGAGACGCGCUUCACGCUCAGCGCGACGGGCGAAGAGCUCUUGCUCGUGACCGCGCCGACGGCGACGGACACGCUGCUUCCUCCGGACCUCGGGUACGAAGCGAGCGACCUGAUCAAGCUGUCGCUGAGGCCGAACUUUGGGAUCGCCGGCGCGUCGAGCGGCGGCGCGGUCGGCGUCUCCGGCGGCGGCGGCGGCGGCGGCGGGGACUUUUUCGGCGGCGACGACGGCGACUUUGGCUCCGGCGGGUUCGCGGAGUACGACGACGACGACGAGAACAACCUCGACGACGCCGCGCCGUCACCGAUCAUCGGCGCGAACGGCGACCUCGUGGACGCGCCGCGUCGCGUGGAGAAGAUUCGCGUCAACUACGACCGAUCGUCGAAGCAGGUUGACGUCAAGGAGCUAAAGUCGACGCUCUGGGACAACAUCCACGACGCCGACGCGGGCGAGGCGGACGCCGACGCGGUGGAGGGAACGAAGUCGUUCCACGACCUCCUGGAUAAAUUUCCGGAGGACAACGCCGCGGGGGCGACGGAGGACAUCUCCGUGCACAUGGCGUUCAUAUGCUUGCUUCACCUCGCGAACGAGCACGGGUUGAAGAUCACCGAUCGCGAGACGCUGAACGACUUGGACAUCAGCGGCAAAAUCCCCGCGGCGUGAGCGUGUCGCGAGGCGAGGCUCCGUGAGGAGGGGUGGGGGGUUUUAGGGGCGCGGGAUGGGCGUCGCGACGCCGCGCUGUAAUAUUGAACACCGAUGAAACGUUU